AUGACCACCACCCCAACACAGUCCGACGUCGAUGACCGCACAGCAUCAGCACUCUCCACCUCGUCCCACACUCACGUCGACAACAGCAACGAUGCUGGACACCCUUCGUCACCACGCACAAAGAUAACUGCUUGGUCUGGCAAGCACUCCGAUCCUUCUGUAGCAACACCGCAACCAGCACCACCACUCGCACCAACAAUACCAGACACCUCCGCCUCGACCGGUCGACCGGCAACACGCGCUGACCGCCCCCCGCCGCCAAAAUGCAUGCAGAGUUGCAUCGCCAGCAUAGAAAACUGCACUGCAAAUGUGGUCCGAUUCAACGAGCGUAUGGAGCAGAAUCGGGUCCAGGUUGAAGCACAAAGGCGAGAAUCAGGAGAUCCAUGGGUCGCGAGGAAAGCGAUAAUUCCGAUGGUGUUUGUGAUUCUGUCAUGGGUGUUUUUGGUGUAUGUAUGGAGGUUGUGUAGUCGGCUAAUACAACAGAAUCCUCAGGGCAGGCUGUUGGGGAGGAGGGAGGAGGGGGUAGGGUUGUUGGUUGGGUUCGUGGUGCUUUGGUUGAUGACCAUUUGGAGUUAUGUGACGGUGAUAUCCAAGGGACCAGGGUUGGUGAAGGAUUGUGUUGCUGAAACCGAUCCUCCGCUCGCUCCGGAGAUGCAGUAUGGACAAUGGGACGGCGCGCAUCCACAGCAGUAUCAACAGGGAGCAACAGCACCAAUGCCAAUCCCAGCUAUGCAAGCUUCCGGAUCCGGAUCUGUAUCAGCAGCAUCACCUUCCGCUUCGCUGCCAUACCCAUCUUUCAGCGCAGAUCUGGAAAGAUUUGGAGGCAACAGAGCAUCGUCAGAUAGCAUGCGUGUACUUCCAGGGUCUGUAGAGCCAAAACAUAAUUCUAUCUCUGCUGCUGACCGCGAUUUCUCACGCAACACGAUCGAUGAGGAAGACGUUGCACCAGCAACAGUGGCCGACACUUCGGCUGCUGAAAUCCAAGCUCACCUCUCUCCUCUUCUCGAUGACGCAGAAGCAGUCGCAGCAGAAGAAGAUCCUCAACUACCUGGCCUAAUCGGUCCCCUUCCAGCAGCAGCAGUCUCUACCAGACAAGCAGCCCAGCAAACCUCCACCCAUCCCACCGCACCCGCACCCGUUGGCCCCAAUGGCUGGGUUCCACCAAAACGUCGACCAGCCAACGAUCCACCUCCUCUUUCCGCCUCCGCUCUGUACUGUCAUCGUUGUCGACGCGUCAAACCUCCUCGUGCACACCACUGUCGACGAUGCGGAACGUGCGUUCUUAAGAUGGACCAUCACUGUCCCUGGGUAGGAGGCUGUGUUGGGGCGCAUAACCAACGCUUCUUUUUUAUCUUUGUGUUUUGGGUUACUUUGCUCGAGCUCUAUACCCUCAUUAGUACUGCAGUUUUCUUCAGCCGUGGGAUUCAGUCGCUUAACACGGCAGGGGAGUGGAAAGUGGAUGGGUUUCUCAUCUCGCUUUUCCCCAUAUGCGCGAUCUUUUUGAUCUUUACAGGGGCACUACUGGGUACGCAUGUUUUUUUGAUGGUGCAUAACAUGACAACUGUUGAACACGUCGGGAUCAGUAGGGUUCAGGGAAGGGAGAGAGUGUUGGUCGAUAGAUGGUUUGGGAUGCAGAAAGGCAAGCAGGGGGCUUUGGGAGGGUUGAAACAGAAGAGAAAGAUGAUUAGGGAUUGGGAUGAGGAGUGGGGUAAGCUAACGAAGGGGGGGAAUCGGUGGUGGUUGGCCAACUCGGACGAAGUACAUUAUGGUGCGGAAGGUGAGAGGGAUAAGGAGGCAGGGAAAGAUAAGCAAGUGGUUGGAGGGAAGAGGAAGGGCGCGGCAAGGACGAAUGUUGAGCAAACUUUGGGAGAGAAGGUUUGGAUGUGGGUGCUACCGAUCGGAAAGCAUCCGAAUGAAGGGUUGCAGUUUCCGAUGAAUCCUCGAUUCGGGGAGGAGGGAGUGCAGAGGAGGAGGGAUGAAUGGCCUGCUGAGUUGCGAUGA